UUUUCAUGGCUACUGCUUGAACUGUGGGCCGUGGUUCAGAGGUAAAAUGUAGUAUAACUGCAUUCCAUUUUAUAUAACAAGAGGAAGGUGACAAGAAAAAUUAUUCUCACAAACAGUUGGAAAGCAGAGAAAUGGGAACCUACAGAGAGCUAAAACGUUUGUGUUUUCAUAAGUGAUUAGAAAUCCAUAUUGUGAGGUUUAAGGAUAUCUAAAUAAUGCCUGUAUACUAAUCUAGACUAGUCAUGACUAGUCAUUCCAGCAGUAAAAUGAAUGAAGACGUCGGCCCUGCUGUUGAACUGGAUAUUUUAAGCUUGAACAAGCCAAAUAAAUCUGCUCCACCGGGACCAAGUCAUGUGUCUCUGGGAAAUGAAUCUUUGCCUUCUCAACACCGGUUGAUUAAUCGUGAGGACUCUGAGUUCUCUUUGCCCAGCGGUUUGUCAAUGAAAAGUGAGGAGUCGAAGGAUCUUAGAGUCAAAUUCAGCAGAGAACCAACCCGUACAGAACUGAAGCAGAUUCAAUGCAAGGACUCUGACUUUUCUUUGCCCAGUGGUUUGUCAGUGAAAAGUGAGAAGUCAGCGGAUUAUCUUAUCAACUUGAGCAGAGAACCAAUCCACACAGAACUGAAUAUGAACAAGCCAAAUGAGCCCACUAAAUCGAGUCAAGUGUCUCUCGGGAAUCAGUCUUCCCCGUCAUACUUUAAGAAGGAAAUCCCUGAACACAGGCUGAUCGGUCGUGAUCAGUCGAUGGAUUAUCCUAAAAACUUCAGCAAAGAACCACUCCCCACAGAACUGAAAAUUCAGCAGAAGGACUCAAGGUCAAAUGUUCUAAAUGAGGAUCUGACAUGUCAGCUUAAGAGGGUGUUGAGGAACAGGUGUCAGUGUAUAUUCGAGGGGAAUGAAGAGCACAGCAGCCCCUCUCUGCUUGAUAACAUCUAUACGGAGCUCUACAUCACUGAUGUUGGAAGCAGUGAGCACAGCGGUGAACACGAAAUCAGACAGAUCGAGAUGAUAUCUAAACAUCCAGCCUCAGUAGAUGCACCAAUAACAGCUAAUGAUAUCUUUAAAGCUUUCCCUGGAUCUACUAAACAAAUCCAAACUGUGCUAACCAAAGGAAUCGCUGGCAUUGGGAAAACAGUGUCCAUGCAAAAGUUCACACUGGACUGGGUUGAGGAGAAAGCCAACCAGGAUGUCCAGCUGAUAUUUCCACUUCCCUUUCGUGAAAUGAAUGGACUUAAAGAAAGAAAAGUUAGUCUGGUACACAUUCUUGAGCGCUUCUUCUAUUUAAAAAUAGAUGCAGAAGUGUUACGCUCAGAGAAAUACAAAAUAAUCUUCAUCUUGGAUGGACUUGAUGAAUGUCGGUUUCCUCUGGAUUUUCAAAACAACAGGAGUUGCUCCAGUAUGACAGAAUCUGCCUCAAUCGGUGUCCUACUGACAAACCUCAUCUGCAAGAACUUGCUUCCUUCUGCUUUGGUCUGGAUAACUUCACGACCAGCUGCAGCAGGUCAAAUACCAUCUGACUUCAUUGACAGGGUGACUGAGGUACGAGGUUUCAAUGACUCCCAAAAAGAAGAGUACUUCACCAAAAAAAUAAGCGAUCCAGACUUGUACUCCAGGAUAAUCUCACACUUGAAGUCUUCAAAGAUCCUUCACAUCAUGUGCCACAUCCCAGUGUUCUGUUGGAUAUCAGCUACAGUUCUUGAAAAGAUGUUUCAUGAUUCUGAGGAUAGUGAAAUUCCCAGGACCCUGACGCAAAUGUACACACACUUCCUAAUUUUCCAGAUCAAGCAAGGGAGUCACAAAUACGAUGGAAUUUCCAAAGAAGGUUUGAAGUGGGAUAACCAGACCACAUUGUUGCUUGGAAAGCUGGCAUUUAAACAACUUGAAAAAGGUAAUUUAUUGUUCUAUGAGGAAGAUUUGAAGGAAUGUGGCAUUGAACUCAACGUUGCAUCAGUGUAUUCUGGAGUUUGCACCCAAAUCUUCAAAGAAGAGGCGGGACUACAUCAGGAGAGGGUUUUCAGCUUUGUACACGCAAGUAUACAGGAGUUUUUGGCUGCAUUGUAUGCUUUCCUUGUGUUUGUCAACAAAAAGCGAAAUGUCCUCUGUCAGACGACAAACGCUAAAAUCAUAAGUACUUUAAAAAAACUAUCAAUGCAUGAAUUUCUGAAGUGUGCUGUGGAUAGGGCUUUAGAAAGUGACAAUGGACAUUUGGACCUUUUCCUUCGCUUCUUGUUGGGACUGUCACUUGAGUCCAACCAGACUCUUCUUCAGGGAUUGCUGACUGAGGUGCUGAGCGAUGAUGAAAGCAACAUGAAAACACUUCAAUACAUCAAAGAAAAAAUCAGGGACCACCCUUCAGCAGAGAAGGCAAUAAGUCUUUUCCAUUGCCUAAGUGAACUGAAAGAUAAUUCUCUGGUUGAGGAAGUGCAGGAGUUCAUAAAUUCACAGGGUUUUUGUGCUGGAAAGCUGUCUCCUUCACGCUUUUCUGCUUUGGCUUACAUACUGAUGACAUCUGAUCAAGAUCUAGAUGUUUUUGACUUGGCAAAAUUCAUUCAUCCGAGCAUGAGCUCGAAUGAGGGACUGUUGAGACUGCUGCCAGUAAUCAAAGCAUCCAGAUCAGUUCUAUUGAGGUGUUGUAAUGUGACAGAGAAAGGCUGUUCCGGACUAGCCUCUGUUCUUAGUUCAAGUCUCUCAUGUCUGAGAGAGCUGGAUUUGAGUUCUAACAAUCUUCAGGAUUCAGGAAUAAGCCAGCUUGCUGCCGGACUGGGAAAUCCUGAGUGUAAACUUGAGAGUCUGAGACUUUUCAAUUGUAGCAUUGGUGAAGAUGGCUGUGCCUCUUUGGCUUCGGCUUUGAGAUCAAACCCAUCUCACUUAAUUGAACUUGAUUUGACACACAACAAUCCACAUGAUACAAGUGUGAAAAUGCUUUCUGAUGUGCUGACAGAUACAAGCUGUAAACUGGAAACACUAAGGUUGAUGGGCUGUGAACUGACAAGAAAAAGCUGUGCUGCACUGGCCCAAGUGCUUCAGUCCUCCUCUACAAGCCUGAAACAUUUAGAUUUAAGUUUGAAUGACCUCCAGGAUUCAGGAGUGGAACUGCUCUGUGUUGGCCUAAAGAACCCUUCCUGCAAGCUCAAGAAAUUGAGUCUAUCUGACUGUAAAAUUACAGCCAACGGAUGUUCUGCAUUGUCAUCUGCUUUAAAGUCUAACCCAUCACACCUGAGAGAGCUGGAUCUCAGCAUUAAUAACCUCACAGACUCAGGAGUGACACGUCUGCUCCCUGUGUUUGAAGACCCACAUGUUUGUCUAGAGAAAUUAUGGCUGAAUAAUUGCAAUCUCACACAUGAAAGCUGUCAGGUGGUGGGUUAUGUAGAUACAUCCAAACACUCAGGUCUGAGAGAGCUGAACCUCAGUGCUAAUGACCUGCUUGACUCAGGUUUAAAGCAGCUUUCAGUGGGAGAAUGUCAUCUUCUAUCAGGACUGCAGUCACUAAGUGUAACAUACUGUGGGCUUACAGCACAGGGAUGUGCUGUUCUGGCAUCAGCUCUCAGCUCUAAACAAUCACAGCUAAAAGCACUGGAUAUAAGAGGAAAUGAACUGUCAGAUUCAGGAGUUAAACCACUGUCAGAUCUGCUGGAGGAUCCACACUGUGAAUUAGAAGAACUGGAAUUCAUGGAUGGAAUAAUUCCGAUGACUACGAAUGUCUCCCACAAACAGGAUGUUCUACCUGUUCUACCAACAAAAUCAACGAAACAAAAAUCAAAAAACACAUGCGUGUGCUUUUAAGAAAAUAAGUGACUGUGUUAUUAGUUUAUUUAGUGUUUUCAGUGAGUUGAACAAGUUUGUUCCCAGCUGUUUCACACCAAACCAGUCAAACAGACCUGAAAGAGAGCUAUAUAUUAGCUCUAUAUACACCAUUGUAAGUGUGACAUCAGGUGUCAGUGUCAUUCAUCAUCUGAAUUAUUCAAACCAACAAAGAAAGGACAUCAUGGAAAAUGCUACUAGAAAAACUGUAUGGAACAUUGGUAUGGAAAAUGCACCAUGUGCGUGACAUGGCAUCACUGAUACUGGAUGCAUCACACAUAGCUGUGCUUAAGCAGGAACAAAAUGUCAUUAGAUGGUUGGAGUUUAGGUUCAAAGGAAACUAUGAGGACUAGCAGGUUUGAUGGGUUAGCUGCAGGUACAGAUGUUUUAAGACGUGUUACGUGAAUGUAGAUCCACAUCAGCUGCAUCUUAAAGACUUUUCUUUUAAACAAACAUAUUUUUGCAUGAAUAAUUUUUGUACAUUUUGUAGUACAUAUGUUGUAUAUAGUCAGUUUUAUAGUAGAAAUUAUUGUAGUUGAAAUGUAGAAUUUAUUUAGAAUUUUUGUGACAGCUGCUAAAUAUGUUGACUUGGCAAAGUGUGAAUAUUUAUAUAGUAUUUACUGUAAAAUACUACCUCUUCUGAGAUCCUAAACGUCUGACUCUAUGAUUUAUUUAUCCAUAUGUCCGUCCGGUAACCACCUAACAACCACCCACAAUACCCUAGCAAUCGCCUAGCAAAGUUGUAAGGACAAGGAUAAACUUUUUUUGGUACUUUUUGCGGAAAUAAGUUUACUUCUAUUUACUACUAUUUGCAACACGAUAAGAGUGUACUGUUGAAAGUACUGUUAAACAGUUAUAGUAA